AUGCUAUUAGGAGUCUGUUCAAAUCUGUCUCCGUCUUUUCAUAUCUAUCUAUCUAUCUAUCUAUCUAUAAUUAUGGCCACAACACUAUCUAUCUAUCUAUCUAUCUAUCUAUCUAUCUAUCUAUCUAUCUAUCUAUCAGUAGAUAUACAUUUCCUCUCUUUCCGCCCACCAAUGUUACUUUUUUUUUUCGUUCCCAUUCUUCUUUUCCUCAACAUUAUUCCUUUUUAUUUUGUUCAUUUUCUUCACUCUUUUCCAUUUCCUCUCGUUUCCUUUCUUUUCCUUAAUAUUAUUUCUUUUUAUUUUGUUCACUUUCUUCUUUCUUACAAAUUCCCAUGUGUUACUUUAGUGUCUCCUCUUUCCUCCUACAAAUUUCCUUUCUUUUCCUUAAUAUUAUUUCUUUUUAUUUUGUUCACUUUCUUCUUUCUUACAAAUACCCAUGUGUUUUUUAGUUUCUUCUCUUUCCUCCUACAAAUGUUAACGUUUUAUGUUUUCGUUUCUUCCUUUUCCUCAAAAUUAUUCCUUUUAAUUUCAUUCUCUUUCUUCUCUUUCCUCCCUACAAAUUCCCAUGUUCCUUUUACUUUUCACUUUUCUUCUCUUUCCUCCUACAAAUUUCUUUUAAUUUUUCACUUACUAAUCUCCACUCUCUUUCUUCCUGCCGAUAUUAUCCUCUUUUUAUUUAGUUCCUUUCUUUUCCUUAAUAUUAUUUCUUUUUAUUUUGUUCACUUUCUUCUUUCUUACAAAUUCCCAUGUGUUACUUUAGUUUCUUCUCUUUCCUCCUACGAAUUUCCUUUCUUUUCCUUAAUAUUAUUUCUUUUUAUUUUGUUCACUUUCUUCUUUCUUACAAAUUCCCAUGUGUUACUUUAUUCUUUUAAUUUGCACUCUUUCUUCCUGCCGAUAUUAUCCUCUUUUUAUUUAGUUCCUUUCUUUUCCUUAAUAUUAUUUCUUUUUAUUUUGUUCACUUUCUUCUUUCUUACAAAUUCCCAUGUGUUACUUUAUUCCUUUCUUUUCCUUAAUAUUAUUUCUUUUUAUUUUGUUCACUUUCUUCUUUCUUUUUAUUUCUUCAAAAAUUCCCGUUUUAUGUUUUCGUUUCUUCUUUUCCUUUCUUUAAUUCUUUCCUCCUACAAAUUUUUUCUUUUCUUCCUUUUCCUCAAUUUUCCCUUUAAUUCUUUUACUUCCUGCCGAUUCUUUUAUUUUGCAUCCUCUUUUAUUUCUCUUUUUAUUUCUUUUCUUUUCCUUAAUAUUAUUUCUUUUUAUUUUGUUCACUUUCUUCUUUCUUACAAAUUCCCAUGUUUACUUUAUUCCUUUCUUUUCCUUAAUAUUAUUUCUUUUUAUUUUGUUCACUUUCUUCUUUCUUACAAAUUCCCAUGUGUUACUUUAGUUUCUUCUCUUUCCUCCUACAAAUUUCCUUUCUUUUCCUUAAUAUUAUUUCUUUUAUUUUGUUCACUUUCUUCUUUCUUACAAAUUCCCAUGUGUUACUUUAGUUUCUUCUCUUUCCUCCUACAAAUUUCUUUUAAUUUGCACUCUUUCUUCCUGCCGAUAUUAUCCUCUUUUUAUUUAUUUCCUUUCUUUUCCUUAAUAUUAUUUCUUUUUUUAUUUUUUCACUUUCUUCUUUCUUACAAAUUCCCAUGUGUUAUUUCUUUAUUUUCUUCUCUUUCCUCCUACAAAUUUCUUUUAAUUUGCACUCUUUCUUCCUGCCGAUAUUAUCCUCUUUUAUUUCAUUCCUUUCUUUUCCUUAAUAUUUUGUUCAUUUCUUUUUAUUUUGUUCACUUUCUUCUUUCUUACAAAUUCCCAUGUGUUUCUUCCUUUUCUCCUCAGAAAUUUCUUCUCUUUUCCUCCUCCUACAAAUUUCUUUUAAUUUUGCACUCUUUCUUCCUGCCGAUAUUAUCCUCUUUUAUUUCAUUUCCUUUCUUUUCCUUAAUAUUAUUUCUUUUUAUUUUGUUCACUUUCUUCUUUCUUACAAAUUCCCAUUUUCUUCUCUUUCCUCCUACAAAUGUUAACGUUUUAUGUUUUCGUUUCUUCCUUUUCCUCAAAAUUAUUCCCUUUAAAUUUCAUUCUCUUACUAAUCUCCUCAAAUUUCACUUAAUUCUUUUUAAUUUGCACUCUUUCUUCCUGCCGAUAUUAUCCUCUUUUUAUUUCGUUCCUUUCUUUUCCUUAAUAUUAUUUCUUUUUAUUUUGUUCACCUUCUUCUUUCUUACAAAUUCCCAUGUGUUACUUUAUUCUUUUAAUUUGCACUCUUUCUUCCUGCCGAUAUUAUCCUCUUUUUAUUUCGUUCCUUUCUUUUCCUUAAUAUUAUUUCUUUUUAUUUUGUUCACUUUCCCAUGUGUUACUCUUCUCUUUCUCCUACAAAUUCCAUGUUUACUUUUCCUUUUCCUCAAAAUUUCUUUCUUCUCUUUCCUCCUACAAAUUUCUUUUAAUUUGCACUCUUUCUUCCUGCCGAUAUUAUCCUCUUUUUAUUUCGUUCCUUUCUUUUCCUUAAUAUUAUUUCUUUUUAUUUUGUUCACUUUCUUCUUUCUUACAAAUUCCCAUGUGUUUUCUUUAGUUUCUUCUCUUUCCUCCUACAAAUUUCUUUUUAAUUUGCACUCUUUCUUCCUGCCGAUAUUAUCCUCUUUUUAUUUAGUUCCUUUCUUUUCCUUAAUAUUAUUUCUUUUUAUUUUGUUCACUUUCUUCUUUCUUACAAAUUCCCAUGUUUCUUUUAAUUUGCACUCUUUCUUCCCUGCCGAUAUUAUCCUCUUUUAUUUCCUUUUAAAUCAUUUCCUUUCUUUUUCCUUAAUAUUAUUUCUUUUUUAUUUUGUUCACUUUCUUCUUUCUUACAAAUUCCCAUGUGUUACUUUAGUUUCUUCUCUUUCCUCCUACAAAUUUCCUUUCUUUUCCUUAAUAUUAUUUCUUUUUAUUUUGUUCACUUUCUUCUUUCUUAUUAUUUCUUUUUAUUUUGUUCACUUCCCUUACAAAUGUGUUACUUUUUGUUCUUUUAAUUUGCACUCUUUCUUCCUGCCGAUAUUAUCCUCUUUUUAUUUCAUUCCUUUCUUUUCCUUAAUAUUAUUUCUUUUUUAUUUUGUUUCACUUUCUUCUUUCUUACAAAUUCCCAUGUGUUACUUUUUUCCUUUCUUCUCUUUCCUCCUACAAAUUUCUUUUAAUUUGCACUCUUUCUUCCUGCCGAUAUUAUCCUCUUUUUAUUUCGUUCCUUUCUUUUCCUUAAUAUUAUUUCUUUUUAUUUUGUUCACUUUCUUCUUUCUUACAAAUUCCCAUGUGUUACUUUAUUCUUUUAAUUUGCACUCUUUCUUCCUGCCGAUAUUAUCCUCUUUUCCUAUUUCAUUUUAUGUUUUCUUUCUUUUCCUUAAAAUUAUUUCUUUUUAUUUUGUUCCUCUUUCUUCUUUUAAUUUGCUUUCUUACCUGCCGAAUUCCUCUUUUUAUGUUUUUUUCCUUACUUUUGUUUUUCUUCUCUUUCCUCCUCCUACAAAUUUCUUUUUAAUUUGCACUCUUUCUUCCUGCCGAUAUUAUCCUCUUUUUUUUUUCCUUUCUUUUUUCUUUCUUUUUCUUUUUAUUUUAUUUCUUUUUCUUUUUGUUCACUUUCUUCUUUUCUUACAAAUUCCCAUUUAUGUUUUCUUUUUCUUCCUCAAUAUUAACGUUUCUUCUCUUUCCUCCUACAAAUUCAUUAACUUUCCUUUCCUUAAUAUUAUUUCUUUUUAUUUUGUUCACUUUCUUCUUUCUUACAAAUUCCCAUGUGUUACUUUUUCUUUUAAUUUGCACUCUUUCUUCCUGCCGAUAUUAUCCUCUUUUUAUUUCGUUCCUUUCUUUUCCUUAAUAUUAUUUCUUUUUUAUUUUGUUCACUUUCUUCUUUCUUACAAAUUCCCAUUUCCUUUUAAUUUGCACUCUUUCUUCCUGCCGAUAUUAUCCUCUUUUUAUUUCGUUCCUUUCUUUUUCCUUAAUAUUAUUUCUUUUUAUUUUGUUCACUUUCUUCUUUCUUACAAAUUCCCAUGUGUUUACUUUAGUUUCUUUUCUUUUUCCUCCUACAAAUUUCCUUUCUUUUCCUUAAUAUUAUUUCUUUUUAUUUUGUUCACUUUCUUCUUUCUUACAAAUUCCCAUGUGUUACUUUAUUUUUUAAUUUGCACUCUUUCUUCCUGCCGAUAUUAUCCUCUUUUAUUUCGUUCCUUUCUUUUCCUUAAUAUUAUUUCUUUUUUUUUUGUUCACUUUCUUCUUUCUUACAAAUUCCCAUGUUUUCUUCUUCUUUUUCCUCCUACAAAUGUUAACGUUUUCCUGUUUUCGUUUUUCCUUUUCUUCCUGCAAAAUUAUUCCUUUUCCUUAAUAUUAUUUCUUUUAUUUUGUUCUUUUCUUUUUUUCAUUCUCUUUUGA